ACAGCUUCUUGUAACGUCCGUUUACAACUCGACUUUUACAUGGUCGCUAAAAGAGCAUCGAAUUAACAAUAUAUUGCACUAAUUCUACACAGAGUUAAUUGAAAUACUUUUUUUGCUAUUGGUGCUUUUAGUGUUUGCAGUUAUAAAGAAAUAUUUUGAAUAGAAAGCUUAUCGUGAAAUUAGUUAAACUGGGACAGUGUAUGGACAAAACCGCUGCGGCAAAAACACAAUCAGCAAAUGUUCUGUGUUCAUUAGAUUUAUUCUGCGGAUAAUUGAAACGGCACCGAAGGACAACGCAAUAUCAAAAUGAGGAGUUUCACGUUUUUUACAAUUUUCCUUGUAAUUUACGUCAAUGGCACCGCAGCAGCGCGCUCCAGAAUGCCAGCCCAGCCGAUUAAGCUGUACUACUUGCCGCCCUCCCCGCCGUGCCGGGCGGUCAUGAUGCUGGCGAAGGUCAUGGGGCUGGAGCUAGAUCUGGAGAUCACAAACAUCAUGAUUGGAGAACAUAAGACUCCUGAGUUUUUAAAGAUGAAUCCGCAGCACACGAUACCAACGAUGGAUGACAAUGGAUUCAUUCUAUGGGAAAGUCGAGCAAUAAUGGCAUACUUGGUGAACGCGUAUGGGCGUGACGACUCUCUGUACCCGAAAAACCCUCGGCUCCGAGCGCUUGUCGACGCUCGACUGAACUUUGACCUGGGAACACUCUUUCUUCGAUACUUAAAUCUAUAUGCUCCCAUGCUAUUUCAUGGUGAGGAGUAUAAUGAAGAAAGUGCGGCCAAAUUAGACGAAGCACUGGGGUGGCUGAACUCCAUGCUAGAAGGACGAGCCUUCGUCGCCGGGGACAAUAUGACUAUCGCCGACAUCACAAUUGUGGUCACUUUAACUAAUCUUGAUGCACUCAGCUACGACUUCAGUGCCCACGACAAUGUGACGAAAUGGUUCGAAAGGAUGAAGAAGGCUUUGGAGCCCUACGGAUAUAAAGAUAUAGACUACGAAGGCGCACAAGUAUUAGCCUCUUUCAUAAAGAAAAAUUAAAAAGAUCGCACAUAAAAGUACGGUAGGUACAAUUUUAAUAAUUAAGCAUUGUUAAUAUAUUUUCGUACUUCAUGUUAAAAUUUAAUAAAAUAUAUGGAUAGAGAAGAAUAAAAAUCAGUAAUGUAACUAAUGUAAUGUCCGUAUAGGUAUCAAGGUAUUCCCGAGUGUAACGUUAGUUUAGUUUCGUUUCUGGUAUUCUAAUUUUCUAAUUGUAAACCAAAGCACAAUUAAUAGUAAAUAUGCAAUAAAGAAGGUAACGGUGCAAUAAAGAAUAUUUAUUCUCUUUAUUUCUUUCUCUUCUUAAGUUAGGAUUUUUUAUAAUAUGAGCAUGAGAUGAAAAUACAAAAAAUACAUACAAAAACAAUACAAAAUACAUAUUAUAAAAAAACCUAACCUAGGGUGUCGCCAGCAGCGGGGCAGGGCUCCAGCUGCCGGUGGUUAGUUACAAUUUCAUAACUGACGAGCGUGGGUGUAGAAUACGGUGUGUGGUGAGCAGUAGCCGGACCAUCCGAUCCAGGGCAUCCAGCUCGGUAUUAUUAUAGUAAUAGAAAAACAAAUAGAAUAUGUAAAACAAAUAUAACAUAGUGAAAAUAAAACACACCGACUAAGGUUACGACAUAAAACGCAACACAAAGUACACAAACACUACUAUAGAAUGUUGAAGUACAAUUACAAUGCCCAUUUCAUUUGUUAAUUCCGGAAUCGAAAUAAAGCCAGUUUAUGUAAUAGACAAUAUGUCCUGUUACAUUUCUCAAUAAAUGUUUAUAAAAACUA